CUCUAAAAGUUAGCAGCAGCAAAUUCAACCUGAUUUGAACUGAAUCAUUCGUGAUCAGAUCUUAUGGGUAGACAAGGUCCAUGUCUCCAUUGUGGCAUCAAGCAAACCGCCCAUUGGAGACCUGGGCCAGCUGAAAAACCAGUGCUCUGCAAUGCAUGUGGAUCAAGGUGGCGCAUUAGGGGGACACUACAUAACUAUGUUCCCCGACAUGCAAACAGAGAAACUCAGAGCUAUCAGUUACCUUCUGAGACGACGACACGUCUCUUAGUUCGUGAUGGGCUAGAAGUUGGAGUAGUGGUUUCUGGACAGGAGGGAUCUUCAGCUUGUCCUGGAGAGGAACUGAAUAACAUACCAAGCUUAGUUUCAGCAGGAUCAUCCUCGGUCAACUGCAUGCAGAUGGAAGAAACAAAUGGUAAAAUACUUUUACAUAUAUAGAGAGCACUUAACUUGUCUCAGCAAGUAUGAUAUAUGUUCAGAAUCAAAUCCUUUCUUAAGCGUACGGGUUAUAAAAAAAUGGAAAACUAAUAUCUUCCUACUCAAUUUCUGGCCAAUUUCUUUCUUCUGUUUUGCAUGAUAGUAAGCGCAAAACUCUUAGGGCACAUAUGGUUGGGAAACGAGUUAUCCCGGGAUUGUUAUCCCACCCUCAAUGUGGGAUAAAAUAACACUACAAUCUCGGUAUAACUAAUUCCGGCAUAAGUUAUACCGUGAUUUUAUCCCAACUAAACAUGGGAUAAGCUCAUCCUAAAAUUAAUCCCAAGAUUAGUUAUCAUAUUCUUCGUACCAAACGAGCCCUUAGUUAAAGAAAAUUAUGAGAUAGGUGAAAUUAGGCAACCAAAUAAUUGUAGAUGCAAC